CAUUCCAUUGGCCCGGUCGAGCCGGCGGGGGAGAGAGUUCUCGAUCUGCACUUUCCCUCUGCCUGCCAAUUCCGUCGUCGCGCCGACGUGGGGAACCGAUCUGCCAAGUUCCGGCGGACACCCAAGGUGCGGAUACACUCGCAAUGAGCGCAGGCGGUGCAUUUGGAGGGAACAGGGGAUUGCGGCCGGUACCUCCGGAGAAAGGCGUCUUCCCCUUGGAUCACAUGCACGAAUGUGACCUGGAGAAGAAGGAUUAUCUCAAUUGCCUCAAAUCUUCGAGUCAUCAAUCGGAAAAAUGUAGACAGUUCUCCAAAAAGUAUUUGGAGUGUCGAAUGGCAAAGAACUUGAUGGCAAGGCAAGACAUGUCCGAACUAGGAUUCGGAAAGGAAACUGAAGCCGAAGCUCUGCUAGAGAAUGAAUCUAAGAGGAUCAAUGGGUGAUUUUUCAGUUGCCAGCUUAUGGAUAGAAUAUACAGCUACCGAAAGGAACAUUUGCUCAUGUUGGCGACACCGGCCAAAGUCCUUGGGAAACUGAAGCAGCGAACAAUGCUGUUUCUCUUUAUUCGGUCGACUGCAUCAGUGAGUUCAGGUGAAUGGAAAAGGAAAAAACGAAAUGUGUUGUGACUUAUUUGACAGGAUAAUUUUGAAGCUGUACUUUAUUCAGUUUCUCUCUGAACAACUGAUCUACAAUUAGAAGUCGAUGAGACGACAGCGGGAAAUUUUUACGCGGGGGUGCUUGUUAACUCAUAUUUUUUACAGUUUUUAUUGGAUGAUCGAAUGCUGAGCUGAUUC